AUGGCAAUUGCACCAAUUACCGGAAUGCUCCGAAAGGGCCUCAUCCUUGACCUCAGCGUCGCUUUCGGAUUCGGAUCAGCAGCUGGAUACGCCUGGUGGUACGGCUACCACGUUCCCGCCGUCCGCCACCGCGACCAGUACUACGCGAAGUUGGAGGAACAGAGAGCGGCAAAUGCAGCGGCAUAG